ACCGAGCCCGGUCUCCUUCUUCGCCGGGGCGGAAGCCAUGGACAAACGCGCGAAGACGUCGAAAGUAUUUUCGGGGGGGAAGGGGGAACGGCGUUUAAGCAUGUUCGAGAAAGACAACUAUGCACAGAUCAUAAAAGAGAGAAUGAAAAGUUCAAGCCAUGAAGUUCAUGGUACGGAACCAAUGGAUAAUGAAUCGUUUGCAGAGUUUGGGAAAAGUGAAAUAUUUACAUUGAAGACUAGCAUGGCAAAAAUAAGAUAUGCCAAUACAUAUAAAAUGGAGCCAUACAGGAAAUUCCAGGCUCAUUUAGUAAGAAACAAAGCUCAACAUAUACUAACGCAGCGACUUCAGGAAACCAAGUAUAAUGGUGUGACUAGUAUCUUCUUGUGUAAUUCAAUCUCAGAAGAAAUAUUAACAGCUGUCAAGGACAUGGGCUUUGAUCGCUAUAAGUAUGUAGUAACAGUCCUAAUCUUGCAAAAGACUGGUCAGGCAAUAAAGAUCGCCAGCAGAUGGGUCUGGGAUGUUGCAAGGGACAACUGGGUUUCAGCUAAAUGUGAAACAGAAUCCUUCAUUUCAUUGGCUUUGAUAUCGGCUUGUUACUAUGAGUAGUUUUAUAAAAGCAGCCUCUUUUAACGGCCAUCACAAUACUCUGUAUAAUUGUUCAAAAAUCUUCAGCUGAGGUGACUCUGAAACAGAAAAAUAACAUUGUAUUUACUCUCAGUUGUUGUCAUAUUCAUCAAAUUCCACAGCAAUAAUCUCUUCAGAGAUCUAGUAAUAAGGGAAGCCACUGUAAUGUGGCUUAUUUUUAAAAGCUUUUCUUAGAUUAAAUACAUUUUCCCCACUGUAACCAUCUGUUUUUUCUUAUGCCUGUUAAACUCUCAUUUUUGUAUUUUGAAGUUUGGGACAUUUCAUUUAAGGUCUCAGUUCUGCUCCUGUUGAAGUCAGUGGGAGUGUUGUCACUGACUUCACUGAUACCAGGAUGGACCCCAAAUUACAAACCGUCAACUGUUUUAUAAUCCUUAGUCUAGAGGCUGAUAUAUUGUAUUUACUGGAUCCAGUGACUUUUUUUCAUUUUAUCAAACUGGUUCCUAAUGACAACAAAGCCAGAAGAGCUGUAAAAUCCAUUCAGUGACAACCUGAAAUCUUAGGAGAUGGAUAUGUAAUUGACAGUUAAUGACAGCAAUACAUUUGUGUGUAUA